GUGGCUCAUUACAUUAUCUGGCAACCGGAGUGGCAGCGGACAGAAGAGAGGGGAUCCCCGGGAUUUUUUUUUUUUUACACCGAAGCCAGUUAAACACCAGCAGAAAAAACAUCUGAAAAUCGCGGGGGAACUCGAUCAGGCUCCUCCUAGACUCCGGUGAGAGCAGCCAUGUCAGAGGAGGCAGUGCGUCAAACGCGCAGUCAGAAGCGUGCUCUGGAGAAGGACCAUGUGUCUGCUCCUGGGUCACCUGUAGACAUGGACAGUAAACGUGUUAAACUGGAGAAAGGGGAUGAAGAUGAAGCUCCCCUGGCGCUGGUGGCACCUGGAGCUGAUGGUGUCAAGCUAAAGAGUGAGCAGGCAGUGAAAGUAGCAGCCAGUAUCCUGAAAGCCGGGGAGGUGAAGGCCACGAUCAAGGUGGAGGUGCAGACCGGAGACGAGCCUGUUGACAUGAGCACAUCGAAAAGUGACAUUAAGAAGGAACGGCAGCUGCCAUCGCCGGAUGAUGUCAUUGUGUUAUCAGACAAUGAGCCUUCCAGUCCUCUCAUGAAUGGCCACUGCUUCACCAAGACUGACACAGAUAAACUAAUGAAAAGUUCUCCCGAGGAGAGGGAGCGCAUCAUCAAACAGCUGAAGGAGGAACUGAGACUCCAAGAGGCCAAGCUGGUGCUGCUUAAGAAGUUACGACAGAGCCAGAUCCAGAAGGAGAGCACUGCGCAGAAGACGACUGGCUCAGUGGCCACUCCUCCUCCUCUGGUAAGAGGUAGCAUCACAUCAAGCAAAGGACCCCACCAGGUUAUAGGUCGAAGCUCAGGCACGGUGAUCCCUCCUCCCUUGGUGCGAGGUGGGCAACAUGUACCGUCCAAACACAACUCUCAGAUUGUCAUGCCGCCGCUUGUCAGAGGGGCGCAGGUUAGUGUGAGGCCUAUUGCAAUGACUCCUCAGCAGAUAGCAAGUCUACGUCAGCAACAGCAGCAGCACAGUGGAACAGGCCCCCCUCCACUGCUCCUGGCCCCCAGGGCUUCUGUGCCCAAUGUCCAGGUCCAGGGCCAGAGGAUCAUUCAGCAGGGACUCAUUCGGGUGGCUAACGUGGCCAACAGUAAUAUCAUGGUUAACAUCCCUCAGGCCUCUCCAACCAGCCUAAAAGGUUCCUCAGUGUCCCCAAACUCCAACAUUAAUGACUCCCCUGCCAGCCGGCAGGCGGCUGCUAAGCUUGCACUGCGUAAGCAGUUGGAGAAGACACUGCUGGAGAUCCCUCCACCUAAACCUCCUGCCCCUGAGUUCAACUUCCUUCCUUCAGCUGCCAAUAAUGAGUUCAUCUACCUGUUGGGGCUGGAGGAGGUGGUGCAAAAGCUUCUGGAGAUGCACGGCAGGGGCAAUCUGGGCCCAGCUGCUGCCAUGGCCAGCGCCAUUCCCAAAGAGCCACACACUUGCGCCCAGUGUAAGACUGACUUCACUUCCCGUUGGAGAAAGGAGAAGGCUGGGACUAUCCUCUGUGACCAAUGCAUGUCGUCCAAUCAGAAGAAGGCCCUGAAGGCUGAGCACACCAACCGGCUGAAGGCAGCCUUUGUGAAGGCACUCCAACAGGAGCAGGAGAUAGAGCAGCGUAUUCUCCAGCAGGCGGCCUCCUCUUCAUCUGUCUCUAAAACCACCUCAUCUUCCUCUCCCUCAAUGUCCAAGAGUGAGAUGCUGGUGUCUCAGCAGUACAAGCAGGUCAGGGCUGCCAUGCAGCACAGAUCUGUGUCUGGCCACCACUCCACCAUCAAGCAGAGUCAGCUGUCUCACAGCAUCCAGGCUGCAGUGAGCUCUCGUGGUCUGGCCCACGCAUACACUUCCUCCUCUCAGCUUCAGAAUGCGGUGACAGCUGCAGCACUGGGCAGCAGGCCAGGUAAGCAUGCUGCGGCACGUCCACUGCAGCAGGGAGCAAAGGUCAGCGCCGGCAGCAGCAGCAGUAACCAGGGCAAUGUGGCGGCCUGGAGGAAGCAGAGCGGGGGCAAUACAGGUGUGACUAUGGCCUACGUAAACCCCAGCUUGUCUGCCCAUAAAACCACCUCUGCUGUGGAGCGUCAGCGAGAGUACCUGCUGGACAUGAUUCCCUCCCGUUCUAUCUCCCAAGCAGCCAACACAUGGAAAUAAUGCAAUCUUACUCCCUACUGACAUCAUAACCAUUACCCCUCUUAAUAUCAAUAACAGCCAUUCUCAUUAUUGUUCUAAUCCUUUCUAUGGACCCUUUCUCUGGCCAGAAUGGCAUGAGGGAGAAUCAGCGUAGUUUUUGUGUUGGACACAGGCGUUCCUUCACUUCUUCCACAGAUAUUUCUGCUCCCAUCUUUCUUACUUGACUCUUCAUCCCAAAUUGGAGUUGAGCUGCGACAGCUUGGGCUCCUACGACACAAGGAGUAUGUCAAUGAUAAUUCUUCUACCUUGGGCUUAUGGAAGUUGAGUACACGUUCACAAACUUCUUCAGCGAUGUUGCCUCUGCCCCCCUGAAAUUGGUUGAACCUCGCAGUUGCAGCAAGAGGAAUCCUCCCUGAAUUCCCCCUGCCUCUGGAUCAGACAGGGGCAACCUAAAAAUCCCUCGGUGAAACAAUAAAAUAUACGCCUUACGUCCUACCCCUAUUCAGUCUGAGCCAGUCGGACUCAGGCCCAUGUGGUGGCCCGAACUGAACUUUACUAAAGACCUCAUCCCAGGGAUUGUGGUCGCGCUUUGAGGACCAUCCACAAAAUAAUAACUGCUUCAGCUUUGCAAAAAUGAAUUCAAAAAAUACAAAAAGGACUGUAAAAAAAAAGAAAAAAAAAAGAUCUCUAUCUGCACACAGACUGCCUCUUCUCUCUAUCUCACAGAGUGUGUGUAUAGUGGAGAAGUUGAUGUGUGUUGGAUUAUUUUGUAUGUAUGAAUGUUAGGAUUUUUUGUCUUUUUCUUCUAUAAGUCAUAUACUGUGUUUGGAAUAUUGUGCUCCCUGAGACUUUGGAAGUGGCCUGUUGUUCAGGUCUUAAUUCACAGGCUAAUGUUACUGUUGAGGUGGUUUUACAUCUGCUGGGUUCCAUGUUGUGGCCUACUUUUAAAUACUUUGUUUUUUCUAAGAUGAAGUGGAAGAAUAAAGAUUAAGGUUUCACUGAUUAAUGUAAAAACAUGGAGCAUAUGUUUGGAGGACUAUUCUUAAUGAAUAAUGUAAAAGUAAAAAAAACAGACAAAAAAAAAACCUUCCAAAGAACUAGUGGAGCCCAAAUGGAAUCCCUUCUGCUAGAAGGUUUCUAGUUUAUUUGAACCCUCUCCGGAUAUAAACAUGAAUUCAUGCUAAACUGAGGGGGUGUAAGGAAUGUCAUAUUUUUGACAUUGUUUUUGCUUUUAGUCAUAGGUUGUGGUGAAUUGUUUUUCUUCUAUAGACAAACUGUCUCUGGGUUUAUUUAUAGGGUCAUGUUAGUAAAGAUAUAUCCUUAUGCCCUACAUUUGAAUGGAUCUCCACUUAAUAUUCAUUUGUUUUCUCUCAUGUGUCCAGUGGCUCCCACUCACCUUCCGAUUGGUCUGAGAGAAGCUGGACAGCUUUCAGAAUGUAGUUAUGCAAAAACAAACCCUAUAGCAACACAUGACAUGAACUUCUUAGUCUGUAUCAUUGAAGUGUGUAUGAUUUAUGUCAGGUCCUUGAAUUGAGCGAACUAUGCCUUUCACAUGAGCUCUUGUGCGUUUUUAUCAGGUCGCAGCAGCACAGG